UUCACACAUGGUGCAGCAAGAAUCUGAAUAUAUAUGGAUGGAAAAGGUGCUAUCAUACUUAGAAACCUUUUCAGAAGUUUCAGAUAAGCCAUCAUGUUGAAGAUUGUAGGAAUUCUCGCUCUUUGCCUUUUCGCCACUGCUUUUGCAGCUGAUGAUGAAAAAGAGCCUUCAGCCUGCGAGUUGGAUCGUGCCCGUCGUCUGAAUGCUACCCUCACCGAGAGUAUCUUGCACUUGAUCCCAGAAUGUGAAGAAAAUGGUGACUACGCCGCUCUCCAGUGCUUCACUGCCAACGACUGGUGUGUCUGCUACAGAAGAAAUGGUGACAACAUCAACACCCCAUCCAAGAACAUCAAGGCCUGCGAUUGCGUCAGACAGAAGGAUGAUGCCAUCACAGCCGGAGACACUUACAUCCCCAAGUGUGACAAGAACGGAUAUUUCCAGAGCAAACAGUGCUCCAACGAUGAAUGCUGGUGCGUUGACAAGAACGGAAAGGUUCUCACCGAUCCUAAGACUGGAGGCGUUGACUGCUAAAUUCUUGGAUGUUUAAACUAUGCUUAAAUAAAAGUUGUUGAGUUUUUAUA